AUGUCUUACGCCACCCGCAAGGUCGCCGCCCCCUACACCCUCGAGCACCGCGUGUACAUCGAGAAGGAUGGCGUGCCCGUCUCGCCCUUCCAUGACAUCCCCCUGUUUGCCAACCAGGAGAAGACCAUCCUCAACAUGAUCGUUGAGAUCCCUCGCUGGACCAAUGCCAAGCUUGAGAUCUCCAAGGAGGAGCUCCUCAACCCCAUCAAGCAGGACAUCAAGAAGGGCAAGCUUCGAUAUGUCCGCAACUGCUUCCCCCACAAGGGCUACCUGUGGAACUACGGUGCCUUCCCCCAGACCUGGGAGGACCCCAACGUCGUCCACCCCGAGACCAAGGCUAAGGGUGACAACGACCCGCUCGACGUCUGCGAGAUCGGCGAGCUGGUUGGCUACACCGGCCAGGUCAAGCAGGUCAAGGUCCUGGGCGUCAUGGCCCUGCUCGACGAGGAGGAGACCGACUGGAAGGUCAUCGUCAUCGACGUCAACGACCCCCUGGCCUCCAAGCUCAACGACGUCGAGGACGUCGAGCGCCACCUGCCCGGCCUUCUGCGUGCCACCAACGAGUGGUUCCGUAUCUACAAGAUCCCCGACGGAAAGCCUGAGAACCAGUUCGCCUUCACUGGCGAGUGCAAGAACAAGAAGUACGCCAUGGACGUCGUCCACGAGUGUGCCGAGGCCUGGGAGAGGCUGAUCACCGGCAAGACCCCAGCCGGCGGUGUCUCUACCACCAACCUGACUGUCAGCCACUCUCCCAGCCGUGUCUCCCCCGACCAGCUGCCUCCUAUCCCUGCCAACCAGGAGCUGCCCCCUGAGAAGAUCGACGCCUCGAUAGACAAGUGGUUCUUCAUCAGCGGAGCCUCCGCAUAG